GUAUGUGACUGGAUGUAUCUGCAAACAUUGUAUGUAUACUUUUGGAAGUUAAUCAUCCUUUGACAGUGGUUUAGCAUUUUUGUCGGCGAAAGCGUUAACGUAAAUGCACCAACAUUUGAUAAUUAUGGCUUCUCACACAAUGACACCAUCAUUUGGCUAUCUAAAUUCUUCUACACAAUCUUUUGGACAAUCUUGAAGUGCAUUUGGAUGUACCUAGUGCAAUCAUAUUCUUAUUAUUUUCGUUUAUUUAUUAAUUAAUUAACAAUUAAGAUCAGUGUAACUGAUAGAUUUGAGUAACAAGAAUCAGUGAUCGAGUCAGAUGCAAGACGUAUUUAUUUAUUAAGAAUACUAUGAUAUUAUUGUUUUCGCUUAAAUCAUCCUGUUCAGAAGAAUUAGUACUUUAAUUCCAGCCAUAAAGACCAUAACUUAAAAAAGUUAAAAACUUGUGUUUAUUUAUUUUUGUUUUUCCUAAAAUCUAAACUAAGAUCAAAGUUCUUCAACAGCGGUUCUCGGUAAUUUAAAUAAGUGCUUUGGGUUAAAAAUGGAAUUUCGUUAAUUCGUUUUCAGAUGAAACAUUCCGGUACAAAGAAAAAGAACUGGUUGGUGACACACAAAAUCGAAUUUUUUUAAGUUUAGUUUAUAAAUGUUAGAACGAUUAGUACGUUCUUAUUAAAUUUAAUGUUAACGCUUCAAUUUAUUAUAUCAAAGUACAAAAAUCGAUUAAAGGUUGUUAAAACAUUUAAAUUUUAACAUACAAUUAAUUCUAGUCCUAGAAAAAAGUCAUAGUAAAAGAAAACUUUUCUUUUUUUAGUUAAACAUUAAAAUGGAAAUACUCGAAGGCGAAAGAAAAAACUCAAAAAUUUAUUACCAAAAUGGUUACUAUUAUCGUAAAGACAAAAAAGCAACAGAAUCGUAUGGUGGCGGUUUCAAAUGUAAGGAUGAAUUUUGUAGAAGUCGUGCAACAAGUGAACCAAGCCUAGCGUUAGUACAAAUAACGCCGCAUAAUCAUUUGCCAGAUUUUGAAAAAAAAGAGAUUUUAAAAUUAAAACUAUCAAUAAAACGAGCUGCUGAAACUACAAGUGGAAGUUUGCGAGAUAUUUUUGACCAAGAAACUGCUAGUAACCAAUCAGCACAUCCCGUUUCUUUUGGAAUGAUGGAAAGCACUAUGUAUCGCAGACGUAGAUCAGUGCAGCCGCAAUUACCAGCCAAUUGCGGGGAAUUAGACAACUCUUUGAGAGUAAACAACAUAAGUAAAUUUUUAGACGGGACCGAUUUUUACAAAGGGUACGUUCGUAUAAAUAACGAUUAUGCUCACAUAUUUAUCGGGAAAACAGUCGUUUCUUCACCGACUGAUUUGCACGUUGACGGAACAUUUAAGGUAGUUCUGAAAAUGUUUUAUCAAAUGAUAACAUUUGGGUACAUUUUGCUUGAUCAUUUUAUUCCAACUAUUUUCAUACUUAUGACUAGAAAAACGCAAGAGCUGUAUUCUCUUGCAUUUUCCAAAGUUGCUGAACUCGUUCCACAUUUGUCACCGUUACGGAUAAUGACGGACUAUGAACAAGCAUUGAUAAAUACCUUGGAAAUUCAAUAUCCUUUAGCUGAAAUUUCAGGCUGUUGGUUUCAUUACGUAAAUGCUGAGGUUAACAAGUGUAAACAUCUUGGAUUGUUUGGACUUUAA